AUGUCUAGCCCCGUGUCCCUUGAAAAGGCUACUGAUAGCUCCAAAGCAGUUCAUCCGUUGCCCAAAGACACAACGGAAGCUUCGGAGACUGGGACUAGCCUUUUACCGCCGCAGCACUGGGCCCAAUUGACCGAGGAUGUCGACGGCCAAGAUGAUUCUGACUCUAUUCUGCCUGACAAUGCCAGCUCAACCGCGUCUCUGACAUCUAGCAUUAUGAAAUACAGAACACUGCAUGGCAGGCUAUACCAGAGUGAGCGGGGAAAUACUGCAUACUGGGGACCCAUUGACGAGACUCAUCGGGAAGCUAUGGAUAUCAACCAUCAUGUGCUUACCCUCUUGAUGGGAAACAAGCUCCAUUUGGCACCAAUUUCGAAUGAAAUACAGGCAGCCGUAGAUAUCGGAACAGGAACAGGUAUCUGGGCCAUUGAAUUCGCCGACCAAUUUCCCAAUGCUUCGGUAAUCGGAACCGAUCUCGCCCCUAUCCAGCCAAGUUGGGUCCCUCCAAAUCUCGAGUUUCAAAUUGAUGAUUGUACUCAAGAAUGGACUAUCCCGCACAACUCACUCGACUAUGUGCACAUGCGCUGGCUCGUCGGCAGCGUUGCAGACUGGACAGCCCUGUUCAAAGAAGCCUACAAGAGCCUCAAACCUGGGGGUUGGGUCGAAAGCUACGAGCCCUCCUCCACUAUCGAGAGUGAUGACAAUACAGUCUUACCUGGAAGCGCGAUGAGCCAGUGGCAGAAUUUCUUCGUCGAGGGAGGACGCAGGAUGGGUCGUCCGUUUACAGUGUUUGAAGAUGGAAUCCAGAAGAAGGCCAUGCAGGAAGCCGGGUUUGUUGAUAUUGAAGAGAGAAACUUCAAAAACCCUAUUGGAGGUUGGCCCAAGGACCCGGAAGCACAAAGUAUUGGACAGUAUAUGCAGGCUGCGCUGGAGCAAGAUGGUAAAGGAACAGUGUUGCACAUGGCGACUGCGCUGGGAUGGUCGGAAGACGAAGUCACCGUGUUCAUCUCCCAUUUCAAUCGGGAGAUUCGAUCACCAAAAAUCCAUGCUUACUUCAAACAGAAGGCAAUUUGGGGACGCAAGCCUGAGGCAGUAUGA